GAGGCAUAUUUUUGGGGGGUCACAUGACGCGAUCCUGGUGUUGUGUCACGUGACAGGCUAGGCUGCUUCUCCAAACAUGGCUCCGGUUUCGCGUCCAUCCGCAACGUCGACGAGUUGGCCGCCGUCUGGUCGCUGACACGCAUUUCCCUCGCCGCUGCAGACAGAGCAGACACACGUCGCCCCUCUGGUCUGGCCUCAUUUUAGGAAGUUACAUGUCGUGACAAGCUCUCGAUGCCGGAGUUUGAGUUGACUUGGUGCUUUUAGCUCAGCGCUAGCUGGCGCGUUCGGCCAAGCUGUCGAAGGGCUCGAAAGUUUUCACAGACAGACAGCUCUCUGGUCUUCAUGGUUUCUGAACAGCAAAUGCAGUUUUCACAGGACAUGCGUGAGAAGCUAUUAGAAGUCACCUUGUGGUGAGAGAGACCCUCCUACAUGUGAAUGCAGUCGGACACGUUGCAGCUCUGAGGACAUCACAAUGGAUUGGCUGGUGCGCGCAGUGGAAAAAGACUUGGGGAUUGACCGACGGCAGCUGGGCGCCGGGCCGCGUCCCCAGGAGCUUGUUGCUCUGGUUUCCGCGCGCUGGCUGGCGGCCCUCCGGGAGAGAAAGCUCGUGCGUUUUGUUCGCUUGGAAAGCAUAAGCGAGGCAGAAAUCCACACAUACCUUCAAUGUUCCCAGGCUAAAUUGCCAAUUGGCUGGACGCGAGUGUGCGUUCAGGGUUUAAGGAAAAGCAAGCUGAGCUACAGGCUGGUCAGAGAUCCGUGCCUUCAACCAAAUGAUUCAUCAACAAAGGAGUCUUACAUGAGCAUCAUGCAGCAUGUAUCGCUGCAUAAUGUUAGGAAUCUGUGGCGUGAAGCCCACUCCAGACUUGUGCAGCCGUAUGCCGGAGCCAGUGAGCAGAUGCAUGUUGCGGCCGUAGAUACAGUUCGACACGCACUCCAAAGGCUCUUCAACUCUGUGUUCAUCUCAUGUGAAAAAGUGUCACCGUCUCUUUCUCCGGCCAGAGAGAAGGAGAACUUCUUGCCAUCGGCAAUGUCUUUAUCUUCUAAGCCAAACUUGGACCAUUUAUGUCCCAAUGUUCUAUCUGCGGAGUGUUUGCUGGAGACUGCAGAGAUGCUGUACGUGGUUCUUCCUUACACACAAUACUCACUCCAUGACAUCGUCUCCUUCAGUCCUGCCAAGCUUGCCAACAGUCACGCCAAAGUGUUGUUCAUUCUCUAUCAGUUGCUAACAGCCAUGCAGGCAUGCCACGCAGCAGGUCUAUCCUGUGGGGACCUCUCCCUGCUGGACGUUGCGGUGGACGAGCAGCUCUGUAGCCGUCUUAAGCCCAACCUUGCCCAUUAUGAGGAACUGGGGGCUCAAACCGGUGAUGGUACCGAAAGGCUUGCACACAAAGGUUCCCUGCCAAGAGUUGCCGUGUGUUCAACCCAGGAGAACAGAAUGCUUUGCAAGGACUGCUUUGAUGAGCUCAAAACUUUAGUUCUUGACUGGGUUCAUGGGCGGGUAAGCAACUUUUGCUACUUGAUGGAGCUCAACAGGUUAGCAGGUCGACGAGAGGGAGACCCAAAUUACCACCCGGUGUUGCCGUGGGUGGUGGAUUUCACAGUGCCAUUUGGAAAAUUCCGGGACCUCAGAAGGUCUAAGUUCAGACUCAACAAGGGGGAUAAGCAGCUGGACUUCACUUAUGAGAUGACCAAAGAGGCUUUGGCGGCUGCUGUGAGCAGCGGUAUAGGGGGAGUUGGUGUUGGGGGAGACUUGAGUGGAUCGGUCAGUGCCAGUGGGGCAGGUCAGCCAGACCACCUCCACGUACCUCAUCACAUAUCUGACGUGCUCUCAGACAUUACAUACUAUGUCUAUAAAGCCCGACAAACACCAAAAUGGGUACUGUGCAGCCACGUGAGGUCCCAGUGGGAGCCUAAUGAAUACCCCUCCAGUAUGGAACGCAUGCAGAGCUGGACCCCCGACGAGUGCAUUCCUGAGUUCUACACAGACCCUUCCAUUUUUCGCUCAAUACACCCUGACAUGCCAGACCUGGAUGUGCCUUCAUGGUGCAAGUCCUGUGAGGAGUUUAUCGAAGUCCAUCGACGCCUCCUGGAAAGCAGGGAGGUUUCCCAGAAUCUGCAUCAUUGGAUAGACCUACAUUUUGGCUUCAAGCUGUCGGGCAAAGAUGCAGUCAAAGCCAAGAAUGUCUGCUUGCACCUAGUGGACAACCACACCCAUCUGACCACCUAUGGUGUGGUGCAGUUGUUUGACCAGCCCCACCCGCCUCGCUUAUCCUCUUCCCAGUAUGCCCCGGCGGAACCUCCUCUCCUCGGCCUUGCUGCCCUUGACGUGCCUUCUUUACACAUCCCACAAAUUGACAUGUCAGCUGACUCUCUGGAUGGUAUGGUGCCAGAGUCCAUGGGGUGUGAGUCCAGUGGCUGGACCAUGGUAGACAAAGAUGAAGAGCUUGAACAAGGUACUGAAGCCCUGGACUCAUUAAUGUCCAUGGGCUCAUCCAACUCUGCUACUUGGUCUGUUCCACCGCCAAGUAUCAAUACAACGGGAGGGAAGAUCGGAGAUGCAGCACUUAUAAUAUCCCAGUCCCCAACUUCUUUCUCUGGCGAUUUCACGAGCACUUUAGGCCCUGGUUUACGCAGUGCUGUGCUCCAAAGAGGUGGGCCCGUGAACAAAAAGCACGGGGAGGGAAGCGUGACCACCACCAAUUCAGAGGACAUUAAGAUCCUUCUCCCAGAGAGUUUCAACCCGCUGCAGCCUUUAGAAGAGCUGGAGAAGUUGAACAAUUUCCUUGUGAAGAGUCUGCACGCCCAAGUGUUACAACCUGAUGGAGCCUUUGAAUGUGACUUUGGAAUGACCGAAACUCCACUGUCUCUCACGAGGCUCUACCAAAGAGACAUGCAGGCCCUUGGUGUCCUCAUUGCUGAGAUAUUUUACUCAUCAAAGGUCAGACGCUUGAAACCGGACGCCACUCUCAGACAACGUUUCCACGCUGUUUUGAAAAUGUGCUCUGUUGGCUUCCGGGAUGUCCCGCUUUCUUUGCAUCAUGCUCUUGAGAAAUUGCUGCUAAUCGAGAAGCACUCUGGAGUGGCACUUGGAGAAACAGAUAAGUGCCAUAGCCCGCUGCUUUUCAACUAUGAUCCCAUCUGCGAUGGCCUUCCCCCUCCAAACCCCUCGCAGUUAUUGAACACCUUCAUUACUCCGUUUCCUUUCCCUUCCUACUUUGUAACACUUCAUCGCUUUAUCUUCUCCUACCACGCCAAGAUGGAGACUGUGUGUAGCCUUCAAGGAAGGGAUGUAGUUUUCCAACUAUGGCAACAGUUAGAAACACUUCUGCGAGGCAGCAUCACGGCCGAAGGGCUUGAGAUUCUCUUGCCCUUCAUCCUGGCUCUCAUGCUUGAAGAGUCCACUGCUGUCUACGCAGCUUGGUACCUGUUUGAGCCCAUCUCGAGAGUCCUGGGUCCCAGAAAUGCAAACAAGUAUCUUUUGAAGCCUCUGAUCAACGUCUACGAGAACCCUCACUGUCUGCGGGGACGUUUCUAUCUCUACACCGACUGUUUUGUCCUGCAGCUGAUCGUGAGGCUUGGCCUUCAGGCUUUCUUGUCCAACCUGCUCCCACACGUGCUGCUGGUCCUCACUGGCUUUGAAAGCUGGACGUCUGGUUCUGCCGGAGAAGCUUGCAAAGGGAUGCGGAGUGCUACUUGUACUCUGGGAGAGGAGGAGGAAGAGUGCUUUCAGGGUGGUGAUGUGCGCUCCUCAUCUGGAUCUGUCAGCGGGAACAUGGGUGGUGGCAGCGGGGCCAGUGGAGGUGUAGGAGUGGUUGGUGACACCGGGCUGGUGGACUACUCCUCGGGUAUUAGUCUCAAUGACCAGGUUUUUCUCUCAGAGGCCGAAGUCUUUCAGAAUGAAUUUUAUGUUAACAACACAGGGGAAGACAGUGGAAAACAGGCAGACCAGAACUCUACUGCCAAGGAGCAAGACCAUGAGUCAUUGAGCGUGGGCAAGCUUAGCGACAAAAGCAGCGCAAGUGAACUCUCAUUAGGUGACGGAGACUCCAUGCGGGAUCGAGCCAGUCUUAAGUCAGCUGACAGCAGUCAGGACCUGAAACAAGCCAGCGAGGGUGAGGAGGGAGCUGAGCUUGAUGAAGAGGAAGCGACGGAGGCUAAUGAUUGUAAAGUGGCGGCAGAGGAUUCUUCAUCCCCAAAGCUGGAGCUCUCUCUUUCUGGCUGCACAGAGGUUUUAGGAGCUACUGUCGCCACUCUGGGGAAUGAGUUUGUGAACGGAAUGGUACUGGAAGGGACAGAGAAAGGGAUUAUGGGAGAGGAGGAGGAAGAGGCGGACCAGGAUCUGUCGGAGGAAUCACAGGCGAAGGAGCAAAAAAUCCUUCUUGAUACAGUCUGCAAAACUAUUCGGUGGCUCUCAGCCAAACUUGGACCGACGGUGACAUCGCGAUGUGUGGCCAGGAACUUGCUGCGAUUACUCACAAAUUGCUACAUUGGCCCUGAAAGCCAUCAGUUUGUAACUCCUGGACCUGAAGAGAGCACUCUGGAGAAUGUGGGAAUGGGCAGUGUUUAUGAGAAGAGACCCGUGGCCGGUGACCAGACCGCCGCGCCUGUACUGGACUGUCUCAUUUACAUCGCUCAGCUUUAUGGAGAACCUGUGCUCACCUAUCAGUACCUGCCAUACAUAGGAUACUUGGUGUCUCCGCCCUCUUCACAGCGUCUCAACACGCGCAAGGAGGCCAGCCUGCUGGGAGCUGUUGCACUUACACAGAAGAUAGUGAUCUUUCUCUCAGAUACCACGCUCAUGGACAUGCUCAUGAAAAUUAAUGGGGACAUGCUACUGCCACUCCUUGACCUGCUCACCAACCCCCACUUGGGGUUCCCCAGCGGGUGGCAGACUCGAACCGUGGUGUGCCUAAAGACGCUCAGCCUGAUGGCGCUCAUCUGCCUGCGCAUCGGGAGGGAGAUGGUGCAGCAGCACAUGGCUGACACGCUGCGUCGGUUCUUUUCCGUUUUCUCCCUGCUGCACUGUGUGCAGCCUCAGAUGGAAAGUGCGCACCGCAGAAUUGUAGGGGAGGUCACAGUGGUGGAUGUUAGCACUCCCGAAGAGUCCAGUGCAACUUUUGAGUUGUCCGUCCUGGAGGAAUUGCAGUCAGUAUUCACCACAGAGAUGGCGCAUGCCUCAUACAUCCCGUUUUACUGCCUCAUUGGUGAUAUGGCUAUCCGGAAACUGGUUCCCAACCAUGAGCUUGUCUGGCAGUUGGCCUCCUCGUACCAUCAAAGCGUGAGUCAUGCGGCGUCAAGAGUGGACAUGCCUCCAUCCUCAUCUUCUGGUUUUAGCCGGACGGCAGGUUACAGCCCCUUCCCCUCACCUUCCACCAGUUCCACCCUGCUUGGAGACCCCCUUCCAGAGUCAGGAACCUUUGGGAGCCACCUGGUAGGAAACCGAAUCCAAGUGUCCAGGGACUCUUACUACGGUGGUAACCCUAAUAUGAGUUUGGCCAGCUCUUGGGGACGCUCCAACCAUAAGACUACCAUUAACACCGCCCCCUCCGCUGUCACUACCCCGUCCAUUGCCCCAGCCCCGUUCUCCUCGUCCUGGGUAACAGGACCCCCUCCGGAGGAUAGUGCCCUGAAGCAGGAGCUGGCUCGCAGUGGCCGUUCCUUGCAGGGCAAUUGGCUGGCCUACUGGCAGUACGAAAUCGGCCUCAACCAGCAAGAUCCCCAUUUCCACUUCCACCAGAUCCGUCUGCAGAGCUUCAUGGGUCACUCUGGUGCCACCAAAUGUUUGGCAUCGCUGGCGGGGGAGGAUUACUUUCUCUCCGGUGGUAAAGAUAAAACUGUGAAGCUGUGGCCCCUCUAUAACCGCGGCGAUGGCACACAGGAAGUGGAGCCCAGGCUAACGUAUACGGACCAUCGGAAGUCUGUGUUCUAUGUUGGACAACUGGAAGCUUCACAGGAGGUGGUUAGCUGUGAUGGAACGGUGCACCUUUGGGACCAGUAUACAGGGAGACAGAUCCGCUCCUAUGAAGCAGUGGACGGGAAGAAUCCAAUUACAGCCGUUACCACUAUGCCUGCGCCACACUGCAGCGUCGUAUUCGGAAGCGCGGACGCCGUUCUCCGCUUCAUUGAUCCUCGCAAGCCUGGACUGCAGCAUGAAUUCCGACUGGCGUACAACAACAUAAACGCUGGGCUUAUCCGAUACCUGGCUGUUAGCCCAACGGGACGCACUAUAGCGGCAGGGUUCUCAUCCGGCUUCAUUGUUCUGCUCGAUGCGCGCACAGGGCUGGUUCUGAGGGGAUGGCCUGCUCACGAGGGAGACAUCCUCCAAAUGAAGGCAGCGGAAGGGAACUUGGUCAUCAGCUCAUCCACAGACUACACCCUUGCCGUGUGGAAAGACCUGGAACACAAGCCCCUCCGCCAGUACAGGUCGCAGUCAGACCCCGUUCACGCAUUAGACUUCUACGGCUCCGAGAUUGUGACGGGCACCAUGGCCAACAAGGUUGGCGUGUACUCUGUGGCGGACAUCUCGCUGAGCCCGGUCAGCAGCACCAAGCUGAGCUCCGAGAACUUCCGCGGCACGCUCACCAGCCUGGCCGUGCUGCCUACCAAGAGGCUUCUGCUGCUGGGCUCGGACAAUGGCGCCAUCCGCUUACUGGCUUGAUUGCCACUGACCAACUUGAACAAGCACUCUGUUGAAAAUGUUCAUGUAUUGUAAGUCCUGUACAUUUUUAAAAGCAUUUUUGGGAACCCUACGAUUCUAUCUCAACUAUUUUUGGACCUGGUCUGUGACUUUGUUCCAACACAGACUUGCUCAGGGACCACUUAUUUUGUUGUCACUUUCCAAAGGGGUGGGCGACCUAUAGCUUGUGGGCCGAAUGCAGCCUAUGAGAGCAUUGGAUGACAUUCUAAACACAAACAAAACCUCAGAGGAAGUUAUAGAAAAUGGCCAAAAAGAUUUAACCAACUAAUGCUCAUAAUAUACAUAUAAUGAUACACACUUAUUCAAUCAUGUUUUUGCCAUUUAGUAUGACCCACCACUGAAAUUGACACAUUUACCAACACCAAAAAAGGCAACAUUUUUGCUUUCCCUUUACCUGUGUCUAAUGCAAUGAUUAAACUAUGCACUAUUUGUAGAUCAAAUGUUUAUUUUGGGUGUGAGUUUAGGUUUUGUUUCAUCUUUUGGGUUAAAGUUAAAAGUGCGUCCUCUAAAAGAGGCGUCGCAUCAACGUUCAGAUUCAAAAGCUGAAUGAUUUUAAUCCACUAAUAAAGUUUUGUUUUAAAGUGUUUUCUGAACAGUAUUGACGAUAGCGGUGUGAGGCAAUGCACAAUUUUUGUACUUGAACAUUUUUAUGCAAUGGCAUAAAUCAUUCAUUAAAGGUCAAUUCUUGUACAGAAAAGGCACUCUUCACUUUUAAAACGCAGUCUGGGUUUCACUUAAAUGUUUUGUACGUUACCUUGUAUGCUUACACUGUUUGUCGUAUUUUUCUAAUCUCAAAUGUUCUGAGAUUUUUUAUGCCUGCUGAACUCACUAGUGAUGAAUUGUCCCAGUGGUAUGUUUUAAACUAAUUUGUAGUCGCGUAUUUAUCGAGAGGUCCAUGAUAACACUUAUCAUUUAGGUAAAAAAAUAAUUUUAAUUGCCAAAAUGUGAUUAUUUUUAUUUUUUUAUUUUAUUUUAUUUUUUUAAGGGGCUAUUUUGUGUGUCCCGUUGUUCAGUAUUCCCACUCGGGCUGA